GCUGCUCGUUGCUCCGUCAGUCCCCCAUCCGUUGUGGCUCCUCGGCGUUCCGUCCCUAGCCCGUCUGUCCGUCCGUCCGUCCGUCCGUCCGUCCAUCGGUCCGUCCGUCACCACCGCCGCCGACGGAUUAGAUGUCUAGGUGCAUGACAGCACUCACUGUGUCAAUUCCGUACCAUUUCAGUGAGUCUUGACAAGAGCUAUUUCACGACGACAGUGCGAUAAAGUGCUCAAUGAUUUACGGUUUCACCAGUUGACAGCUGUGUCUCGCUCUCAUAUUGGAAUAUAGUGUCGAAAAUCAAGACAAAAUUAGUCUUGAGUUGUGUGAUUAGUUGUUGUUAGCCAAAUAACCACCACAACAACUGCAGCAGUAGCAGCAACAACAACAACAGGAGCAACUGCAACAACGAAUGGGUUUGGGGGAAUCCAUCGUGGGUGUGGGAGUGUGAGUGCAUCCUCGAUUUGUGUGUGUCUUCUCAAAAAGUAUUGUUGUUGUUAUUGAAAUAAUAAUAAUACUCGAUAUCAUUCUCCUGGUGGGCUUCCAACCCACAUGUGAAAAGGAGUUGCUCAACCAAUCAACUCUCAUCAUCUCUAGCUCUGAGACAUCAAAAAUAGUGUUCAUUUGGGUUUUGGCCUUCUGAACAGUCUUUUCGUCAGCCUGCCUGCCUGCCUGCCUGCCUGUCCCACCUUUGUGUCCCACCUGGGCCUGGAACACGAGCCGGAGGGCAAUUAGGAGGGAGAGAACGAGAAUUCAUUCUAGUUUACACCUUGCUUGUUGGUCUCUUCCCCGUCCGUGCUUGUGUGUCCCCCGAUGGUGGUUGGCAUUUUCCUAGUUCCAGUUCGGCCGGGAUUUGUAUCCCUGGAUCUGAAUCCCUGGGUUUAGUGUGCUCUUCAGCGGCAUGAUUUUACUGUAAACCAGUCCCACCUCAUCAGUCAUCAUCCCUUCCAUACUCCCGGACAACAUGUCCAACUCGUCGUCGUCCUCGUUUCAGUACGACGGGUCCGCGUCGGCCGCCGUGGGAGGUUGGCCGACGGGGAUGGAUGCAGCAUCAAUGUACGGGGUGCCCGUGAGUGGAUCCAACUCCUCAUCGGAUCCCAGGACAUCCAUAGAUAGUAUAACGGCAGCUGCUGCCGCCCAUCAUUCACACCUUACCUCUGUCGCCGCGAUGCAUAAUCCUUAUGCAGCUGUAGCCGCAGCGGCUGCGGCCAAUAAUCAUGUAUCCUCUUCCAAUCAUGUGAUGGGAGGUGGACAAGUGCCAGAUGUCCACAAAAGGGACAAGGAUGCAAUUUAUGGACAUCCGUUAUUUCCUCUCCUUGCACUCAUUUUCGAGAAAUGCGAACUAGCCACCUGCACCCCAAGGGAUCCUUCCGUGGCUGGGGGUGACGUUUGUUCCUCUGAAUCCUUCAACGAAGACAUUGCUGUGUUUUCCAAACAGAUAAGAGCUGAGAAGCCAUACUACAUCGCCGACCCCGAAGUGGACAGUUUGAUGGUCCAGGCGAUACAAGUGUUAAGGUUUCAUCUCUUAGAACUAGAAAAGGUCCACGAACUCUGCGAUAAUUUUUGUCAUCGAUAUAUCAGCUGCCUGAAAGGGAAGAUGCCCAUCGACCUGGUCAUAGAUGAGCGGGAAAGUACCGCUGGACCUGAGGGCGCUGUCUCUUCGGGUAAACCUGGGUCAGCGAGCGGGUUGCCCGGAGAUUCCAAUAACAACGCCAAUAGGGGCAGCAAUGCGGACUCUACUUCACAUACAGAUGGUGCCUCCACGCCUGAUAUGAUCGGGGGAGGAUUCAAUGGUUUGUCAAGCAUUAAAAUGGAAGAUGGUCUGUCAGCGUCCUCCAUUGCAGGCGUGAAGAGGCCACCCAGCUCUUCUCUCUCAGCCUAUGGAGGAAUGGUGAACGACGACGUCCGAUCUCCAAGCUCGGGUGGUGGAACACCAGGGCUCUUACCCCCAAGUUCACAUCUCUCCGGAGACAACAUGAGUGAAGCAGGUGAUGCCAGUAACGCAAGCAUCGGAAGCGGGGAUGGUACAGACGGGUGUGAUGACGAUGACCCUUCCAGCAAAAAGAACUCCAAGAAACGGGGCAUUUUCCCAAAAGUAGCUACUAAUAUUCUCAGAGCCUGGCUCUUUCAACAUUUAACGCAUCCCUAUCCCUCAGAAGACCAAAAGAAGCAACUAGCCCAAGAUACAGGACUGACAAUACUUCAAGUCAAUAACUGGUUUAUCAAUGCAAGGAGGCGUAUUGUCCAGCCUAUGAUCGACCAAUCCAAUCGAGCCGGUCCCAGUGGAUAUCCCAGUCCUGAUCCCACGGGAAUGGGUUACAUGAUGGACGGUCAGCAUGCGGCAGCGGCGGCUAUGAUGCAAGCCCGGCCGCCUGGCGAGGCCUAUGACUACCCGCAUGCGGCAGCCGCCUACUCGCAAUACUACGGCCACCUAUAGUGACAGCUCGGGAUGAAACAUCCUCCAACCAUUGUUCCUUGUUGUAUCCAUUCGGGGCGUGAAUAAGGAUUCAUUGGCCUAAAUCCCGGUCAAACAAAUCAAUCUCUCUAUCUCUCGUCUUUAAAUUUGACACCGUGACAUCGGGCAGAGCCAACGUGACGACGACGACCUGUCCUCCAACCGAUUGCAACCAUAACCCCCAAAACAGCCACAACCUUAACUAAAAGAACACAAUCUCAAUAAUCUCAUCAUUGAAACGGGUCACAUCAGUUUCGACCUUUUUUUUAAACCAGCCAAACCUGCUCGGCUGUCACCCUUGAUCAGAAGAAGCCGUGAAUCCAUCUCAACGAAACGAUUGGUUUUGCUCAACAAAACGACCAGGAACUGCGUCACCGGGUGCCAAAUCUCAUCACCACUAUCAUCUCCACCCAUCCCAACCUCAAUCCUGCCCCUCCCCCUCAGCCUCCUCCUUACAUCCCUCCUCCUCCCCUCCUCCUUCCAUGCAUCUUCAUCAUCAUCUACUGCUCCUUCAUGUGAAACUCUCAUGAAUGAAGGGAAAAAUCAUUAUUAAAAACCUGUCUCAGUACAAGAAGAAUUUCCAGGACAUUUUUGGUGAGGUGAGGUUUAUUGCGAUACAGUGAUACAAGCUCAACACCAAUUUAUUGACAACUAGUCAGUGAACGUCACCAAAUCUUUGACCAUUUCCGUCUUUUGUGAUGGUGAGAGAGAGAGAGAGAGUAGCCAGAACGAACAAGACCAAGAAGAGGCUCGGAAAAGCGAGAAGCUGGCAGAACAAGAACAACACGACGGACGGCGUAGACAUUGGAACCGUGGCGGUGAAUGGCGGCCACAGCGAAAUAGAAAAAGGCAUUCCUCACAAACCUACGACUCUCGAAUUCCCGGGUGACUCUCCAACAGCAGAGGAAGAACGUGAAUAAGAAGGAGAAGAAAAAGAAGAAGCAAAAGAAAGCGAAUAGUGUUCAGCACUCUGGCACUCUGAAAAAUAUCACAUGGCGAUGGAGUAGGCGCUCAAAUGGCGAUGACGACGACCGCAAACCAAGUCCAACUUUGUACUCCCCUGUCUCUCCCCGCUCUCUAGCUCGCUUUCAAUGUGCAUGUGUUGGUCCCUGCGAUCGCGGUUCUGUGACUGUGUGUGUGUCUCUCUCUGUGUGACUCCCUCCCUCCCACUGUCUCUCUCUCUCUGUCUCUGUCUGUGUGUUGAUCAGCUCAUAUGCAGAGCCUUAGGAUUCCCGAACAGAUCCUCACUUACAUGGCUCGGCCCGUCAUCCGAAGAGCAACCAACCCCACUGGAUGGAGGGAGGGAUGAGGGAAGUGGGGAGGCAGAGGGAGAAGGAGAGAACUAGCAGUAGCAUGUGAUCAUCAGCCUCCUCACUCAUCCUCGGAGGCGCUUUCGAGACCGGCCCUUGGAGCAGGAAUGAUACUGAAUCGACUUCUUGCGUCUCUCACUUCCACAUACCGCCGGAAUGCCAAGGCAAACGAGCAACCCGAUCGAGAACCCGAGAAAGAAGGCGACGGCGGAGGACGGACACUACCCAGAUGCUUGUGGCACAGAGCACCAACACCAUCAUCAUGACCACCACCGUCGUCUGGCUAGUGUGGAGGUGCUCUCUAUGUCCGGUCCCAACGAACAAUUUACGGGCUUGAUUUUCCAGGCCUGGGUGAAUCGCUAGAUAUGACGGGAACGAGGAUCAAAGAGGGAAAACUCGCUACCCAAAAGCUGCUAACGAAAAGCAUCCAGUGAAUGUAAUCGGAAAGAUUUAAAAUGACCGAAAUGGGAACCUCGUUUCCAAUCCCUUUCUAGGCAAACCACGCCGCCACUGCCUGUCAUCCCCACCCAUUCCAGCACACCCAUAAAAUCAUAAGAACCUCGUCAAAGAGUCGUUACUCUUUCUUACUCGCUUGACUUUUUUGGUCCGCCAGGAUCUGAUCACUGAUGUACUCAUUCGCGUCUGGCAUGAAUUGUCAAUCCGCCUUUCCCAAUACUCAAAAAGAAUCCGUCAAAGACGAUAACGAAGGCGAUUCUUGUCCCUCUCCCUCCCACAAAUGAAAAAAAAAUUGCCAAAGGACAAAGAACCCGACAUUCCCUGAGCUAAAGGAAAAAAGGCCCGUGGCUGCUGGUUUAAUCAUCAUCGCCGUUGUUGUUGUUGUCAGCAUCAUCAUCUUCAUCCUCAUCGUCAUCCUUAUUAGUGAAACAAGUAUUAGGAAUUCAGUUGUUUUUGUUACCAAAGUGAAGUGGCUUUGAAAGAUCAUAUGAUGAUGGAACUCGAGUGAGGAAUGGCUACAACGAACACAUAAUGUGUGUGAGACUGACUUGUGAAUAAGAGAUUCAUUCUUUAUCCCAUUCGAGGAAAACGACGGGUGUUAGGUUCGAAAGUGGGUUUCUUUAGUUUUCAAGACAGGCGAGGCUCCUCCUCGCUUACCAAUACGUACAACCGCCGAACCAUGGCGGGCCUAGUUCUUUCCACUAUUUCCCAUCCUCAUCAGGCUUCAGGCCUCUAGGCCUCCAGGCCUCAAUGCAUUACUAAAUACUUGCCACAACCAAGCAAGCAACCGCCACAUUUACCAACUAUCAACCAACCAUAUUUGCUACCAAUCAACCAACCAACCAACCGAACGACCGAAAUACCAACCCACCACCAAUCAACCCUGUUCAAAGACUAAUUCUAGUUUGGCUGUUACUUGUAUGUAGCAACUAAAUCUUCUCCGAUGGUGUUGAUGUGAGUGGUGGUGUUUCGGCGGCGGCUGUUGUUGCUGCUCCUGUUGUUGCAUGAGAGCGAUUUUUAGACCUGAAGCUGAGGUGACAUAACCAUGACCCAUCAUUCUGUUGUUCAUGGUUAGGUAUAUAAACUGACACACCAAAAAUCAACAAAAAUUGUGUAGUGCGAAGUGAAGUGACAACGAAAUACCGCGAACACUGAUGAAUCGACUACCGGUUUUGUACAACCAAAUCCAUCUUUUGCAUCAUCUGUCUGUCUGUCUGUCUGCCUGCCUGUCUGUCUCUCAUCUCAUGGUUCCCAGUCCUGGCCCGAAGACAAAGCUCUUCCAGUUGACUUUAACUCACUGUUGUUUGUAGUGCCCUCAUCCUCCUCAUCCUAAUUUGCAUCAUCAGCAUCAGCGUCAUCUUGAUCUACUUUUCGUACAGUGGAAGACAAUUCCGAGUUGUUACCUUGUCAGUCAGGUGUUUAUCAUCAUAAUCAUCAUUAUCACAUUAGCAAAAAGUUCCUGAGCUGCUGCUUUUCAUAUUGACACCCCGCUAAAAAUCGAUCGGAUUUCAAAGCUUCUACUACCACUUAUACGAAUGUCUUACCAAGACUUCUAUUACAACCGCUAUUACUACUAAAUCAUCACAACAAAAACAACAACAACGACAUCAGCUACUGCUACUACUAUUACUAGACGACAACAGCAACAACAACUACUACAAUUAUUAUUAUUAUUAUUAUCAUCAUUGUGUAAAAUUGUCAAAUGCUAUUAAUUUUGUCCUCAGUGUAUGCACAAAAUAUGUGUCUUUCGCGGAAAUGCAACAUCCAUAAAACAACCCCUCCA